AUGUCGUUGAAUGUGAGUCUUAUGCAGUCACAGAUUUCAGAAGACGUUCACAAUUCAGGCAAGCAGUAUGAGAAGUUCGAGGGGAGGAGCACCCGAGAAGAGCGGCCGAGAUGGGGGAGGAUUCACUAAGGGAUUCUACGGAAUACUACCAAAGAAGAUGGGCGGAGGAUUCUCUCUGCUGAAGAAGAAGAGCAAGCAGGUCCCACUGGAGAGUGACUGUCGUCCCGCGUGCAAAAGCAUGGAUCAGUACAAGGAAGCGGCGGAUAAACUGCACUACUCACUAUUGUUCAUGCUCGUGGAGAGCACCACCGCUGCCAAUUCGGUACACUUAAUUUACAGAGUUUAAAAGUGACAUAUUUUUCAGAUGGCUUCUAACAAAAUGCCGGUGAAGGUCCCCGUUGAUGCCGGUUAUCAGCACUUUUCGGACUUUAUGACGUUCUACGAGAAGACCCAAAAGCACGGAAAGAUCAACGUGGAACCCCUGGAGCCGGUUGCUCGUGCUGCCAAACGAUUGCACGAAGAGCAGGAAAAGUACGUGAAAAAGCAGUGGGAGAAUCUGAAACCACUCACCAAAUUCAUCGGAGAAGAGUAUUGGGAGUAUGCGAAACUGAAGAGUCUCUACCAAGUGGCUCUGGAAAAAUGCGAACUCGCCCAGCAGAACAAGGUGAAGAGCGCUCCGGAUGCCGAGAAAGCGGAGCAGGCGGCUCAGAGGAGCAAGGAAGACGCGAAGACGAAGAUGAUGGGGAUGUUGGUGAAGGUGAACGGGUACAAGGACGGACACAUCAAAUGUCUGAGCAAGUGGGCUGAUGGAUUCUUCUUUCGAGCUGUUAAUGCGUGUUGUUCAGGUUCUGGAAAGCGACUACCGAGUGGCACAAGUCUGCCGCUUCCAUAUUGGUUCCAUUCGACAUCAAGGAUCCCGAGGAGCAGUCGAAGUCGACGGCAAUGUCUUCUGAAAAUACUGCCAAAUAA